UGAAGUUAUUUAUAAAUUCAAUUAGAUCAUAGAUAAAAAAAAGUGUGUAUGUACAGCGGGAGCGCAAAUCAAAACUUGCGAUAAACGGGGCAAUCAGAAAAAUGUUGCAGCCACACCUUUUUAAAAUGAAUUCACCCCUCCAUAUUGAUUGACAAAGUAAUAAUAAUCCGCUUUAAGCAAUAAUGUUCAUAAGGAGGUUUGAUCUGGAUUAGUAAUCUGUUAAUGUAUAAGUAUAAGUGAGAUUGUCAUUUAUUUUUCAAGUAUUCAAUUGAUUUGAUAAUCUUUUUAUUUUAAUUAUAUUAUUACCCAUACCAAGACAGAAAAUAACGAAAUCCACAAUGGCUCCAACUGUCGCAACUCCACAAUCACAAUCACAAGAAGAAAUCGAACAAGUUGUUAGAAAAUUAGCAUCUUUAAAGCCAAUCAGUAGAGGUAACUAUACUGAGAAACAUAUUAAAGGUAAUGGAAUUGAUGCUUUAGAUCAAUUACCUGAAUCUGCUCGUAAGAGAUUUGAAAGACAUAAUGUCGAUUUAUCAAAGGGAUAUCCUACUAAACCUCCAUUUGAUCAAAUUCCAAAAUUUGUCGAUGAAGCUUUUCAAAUUAGAGAGGAAGAAUAUCCAUAUAUUGAAAGAGGUAAGAAUGCUGAUCCAGAAAAGAAAGCUUUAUUCGGAGCUGCUAAGGAUGUUAUUCAUUUAACUAAACAUCUUGGUACUGAAAUUGUUGGAUUACAAUUAUCUGAUUUAAAUGAUAAACAAAAGGAUGAAUUAGCUUUAUUAAUUGCUGAAAGAGUUGUUGUAUUUUUCAGAGAUCAAGAUUUAAGUCCUCAAAAACAAUUGGAAUUAGGUCAUUAUUGGGGACAAGUUGAAGUUCAUGCUCAAGCUCCAAGAUUAGUUGAUGGAAUUUCAGUUAUUUGGUCUGAUUAUAAUAGAAAUAAUGGUUUACCAUUAUCUUUUAAAAAUUCCAGAAUUGGCAAUUCUCAAUGGCAUACUGAUUUAGUUCAUGAGAAACAACCUGCUGGAAUCACUCAUUUACAUAAUGAUACUAUUCCAAAAGUUGGUGGUGAUACUUUAUGGGCAUCUGGUUAUGCCGCUUAUGAUAAAUUAUCUCCAUCAUUCCAAAAGUUUUUAGAUGGUAAGACUGCUAUUUACAGAAGUGCUCAUCAAUAUAUUGAUCGUGAAAAUCCAUUAAAAGGUCCAAAAUUUAUUGAAAGAGAACAUCCUAUUAUUAGAACUCACCCAGCUACUGGAUGGAAAUCACUUUAUGUUAACAGAUCCAUGACAGUUAGAAUUGUUGGAUUAGAACCAGAUGAAUCAAAAGUUAUCUUAGAUUACUUAUUUUCAAUCUUUGAAAGGAAUUUAGAUAUUCAAGUUAGAUUCAAUUGGGCUCCAACUAAAGAAGGAUUUGGAACUUCAGCAAUUUGGGAUAAUAGAAUUUCUCAACAUAAUGCUGUCUGGGAUCAUGAAGGCUUAGAAGCAAGACAUGGUACGAGAGUUACAUCCUUAGCUGAAAUUCCAUACUUUGAUCCUGAAUCCAAAUCUCAAAGAGAAUCAUUAGGAUUAUCUUUGAAUUAGUUAGAAAUGGUGUAGAUAUAAGACGUACAAGCAUGUUUUAUCGCAUAUUAUUUUUAAAAGAUAUAAAAAGAAUUACAUUAUUAUUUAAAAUUAAAACCAAAAAAAUAUAUCAAGUGCUUUUUAAUCAUCUUGAGUAGUGAUCAAUGUAACUUCAAUUAUAAUUGUAAUUAGAUAUAUAUAUCGAUUCGUAACUGAUUCUGUGUACGUGAAAACAGCCCAUGACACAAAGAAAUGCGCUUCUUUAAAUUUGCAUCAAAAAAUUUCGAAAUACAACUGCGAUAACGUCAAUUUUGAUAAAGCCACAGAAAUCAAGUAAAAUCAAUCAAAAUCAAACUGGGCCCCCUGCAAGCUAUAACAAUGAUUUCUAAGACCUG